AUGGAUUUGUCAGAUAUGCUUCUCCUCCAACUUUUCCUCUUCGUCUAUUUACUGAACUACACCCAAGGACACUACAAAAAUCCCUUGAACAAGUACAUCCGUCACUAUGAAGGCCUGUCCUACGACACUGAGCUUGUGCACAGCAAGCACCAGAGAGCCAAGAGGGCGCUCUCUCACGAAGACAAGUUCAUUCAUUUAGACUUUCACGCCCAUGGAAGGCAAUUUAAUUUAAGAAUGAAGAGAGAUACCACGUUGUUUGCCCAGGAUUUAAAGGUGGAAGUUUCGGGAGAAGAGAUUCCAUAUGAUACAGCUCAUAUCUACUCUGGGGAAAUUUUUGGUGAGAAAGGCACCCUGACUCAUGGGUCAAUUGUGGAUGGUAAGUUUGAAGGCUUCAUCCAGAGCUACCAGGGAACCUACUAUGUGGAGCCUGUCGAAAGAUACAUGGAGGGCAAAGAUGUGCCCUUUCACUCCGUCAUCUACCAUGAAGACGACAUACACUACCCACACAAGUACGGCCCAGAGGGAGGCUGCGCUGAUGGCUCUGUGUUUGAAAAGAUGAAGAAGUACCAGGCCUCGGCUGUAGAGGAACCACACGAGGAGGAGCUCCAUUAUUCAGCUAACUCAAAUGGACCUGUGCUGCUGAGAAGGAAGAGGAUGGCCCAGGCCGAGAGGAACACCUGCCAGCUUUUCAUUCAAACUGAUCACCUCUUCUACAAGUAUUACAAGACCAGAGAGGCGGUCAUUGCUCAGAUCUCCAGUCAUGUCCGAGCCAUCGAUGCCAUCUACCAGGGCACUGACUUCAUGGGCAUUCGCAACAUCAGCUUCAUGGUGAAAAGGAUCAGAAUAAACACCACCAUUGAUGAAAGAGACAAGUCCAACCCAUUCCGCUUCUCUAACAUCGGUGUGGAGAAGUUCCUGGAACUGAACUCGGAGCAGAACCAUGACGACUACUGCUUGGCGUAUGUUUUCACUGACAGAGAUUUUGACGACGGCGUGUUGGGCUUGGCCUGGGUUGGAGCUCCAUCAGGAAGUUCUGGCGGCAUCUGUGAAAAAAGCAAGCUCUAUUCAGAUGGAAAAAAGAAGUCUCUCAACACUGGAAUAAUCACUGUACAAAACUACGCUUCCCACGUUCCCCCUAAAGUCUCCCAUAUCACAUUUGCACAUGAAGUAGGACACAACUUUGGCUCUCCUCACGACUCUGGUUCUGAGUGCACCCCGGGAGAAUCCAAAAGCCAAGACAAGAAAGAAAAAGGCAAUUAUAUAAUGUAUGCCAGAGCUACAUCAGGAGAUAAGCUCAACAACAAUAAGUUCUCCAUCUGCAGUGUUCGCAACAUCAGCCAGGUGCUGGAAAAGAAGAGGAACAACUGCUUUGUGGAGUCUGGGCAGCCCAUCUGUGGAAACGGCCUGGUGGAGCCUGGAGAGGACUGUGACUGUGGCUACAGUGAUCAGUGUAGAGAUCAGUGCUGCUACGACGCCAACCAGCCUGACAAUAAGAAAUGCAAGUUAAAGCCCAGCAAAGUCUGCAGUCCCAGCCAGGGUCCCUGCUGUAACGCUGACUGCACUCACAAAGGUCGUAAUGAGAAAUGCAGAGAGGAGUCAGAGUGCGCUCACCAGGGCAUGUGUAACGGGAUCAGUGCUCAGUGUCCAACGUCUGAGCCCAAAGCCAACUUCACCGCCUGCCACGGAGAUACUCAAGUCUGCCUGAAUGGAGGCUGCUCCGGCUCCAUCUGUGAGAAGUACGGGCUGGAGGCGUGUACCUGUGCCAGCCUGGAUGGCAAGGACGAGACUGAGCUGUGCCACGUGUGCUGCAUGGAGAAGAUGAAUCCUAACACCUGCAGCAGCACAGGAUCGGAGCGCCUGGCUCGAUUCUUCAAUAAAAAAGUCACCACGCUGCCAGCAGGUUCACCUUGCAAUGACUUCAAGGGCUACUGCGACGUGUUCAUGAAAUGUCGUCUCGUGGACGCAGAUGGACCUUUGGCCAGGCUAAAGAAGGCCAUCUUUAACCCAGAGCUCUACGAGAACAUCGCAGAGUGGAUUGUGGCCCACUGGUGGGCAGUGCUGCUGAUGGGUAUUGCCCUCAUCAUGCUCAUGGCGGGAUUCAUUAAGAUCUGUAGUGUUCACACACCCAGCAGUAACCCUAAACUUCCCCCUCCAAAACCACUUCCAGGGACUUUGAAGAGGCGUCGAGCGCAGCAGCACGCCAGCUCCCAGGUGCAGCACCAGUCUCAGCACGGUCACGGCGGCCACGGAGGGCACGGCGGCCAGCGGCAGGGUCAGAGGCAACCUCAACGACAGGCUCAGCCCCAGAGGCACCACCGUCAGCCCAGAGAGAACUAUCAGAUGGGCCAGAUGAGACGCUGAGACGCCGACCUACACCUCCCCUCAAUGCCUUGGCUCCUCCUCGUGCCUACAGUGGGAAACAAACGCGUCACUCCAUCCAAAGAAAAGCCUGAUUAUGGUUGUUGGCCACCACCAUAUCCUCCAUGUACAGACACAGCAGACGCGUGGAAAAGAGAAAGUACACUUUCUAACAACUCAAUCGGCUCUUUGUGGAGUAGACUGGACCAUCAGCCAUUUCCAAUGCAGUGUGAUUUAUUUUUACUUUUUUUUCCUCUUGAUUUUGAAGGAGUGCCAAGGAGUUAAGGAGUAAUGUGUAGCUUUAGUACAAUGUGUAAUGUGACUUUUUUUUUCCUUUUUUUUUAUUUGGUAACAUCUCCUUGAGUGAAACACUCGUGGCUGUCGGUAAAAUAGUCUUUGCUUCUUUUUGCCAUUCAAGCCAGAAAUGAGAGACACUCGGAGGGGAUUUUGCGGCACUUUUGUGUUUGUUUGUUUGUUUUUCCACAGACACAGGCUCCAGUGUCUCGUGCAGACGCUCUUCUGCAUGUGAUUGUAAAUAUUUAGUGUAUCAUAAGUGAAAACAAACUAUUUCUUCUACUGUAAAUGUGUAAUUCUUCACUCUUUCUUUUCUUCAAUGUUCUUUUUUUGGUUAGUGCUCUCAGGACUCUGUAUCACAUAAAUUAUGGAGCAGUGGUGACGGGGAGCUCUGUGGACACUCGUCUCCAGUCGUCCAGUCAGGAGGCUCCCCCCCUCUCUCUCUCUUUCUCUUUCUCUUUCUCUCUCACCCACAGAGGGUCUGGGUUCAGAUUUGAACGACGUAACCAUAUCCCACAUUUUUGGACCUGCUCUGGUUGAAGCCCAUGUUUUUUAUUUCUCCUCUCCACUUGUCUUGCUAACAUCAUGUUUAGUCAUAACAAGCUGCAUAUAGAGUGGAAACGAAAAUGGAAGCUAUCCGGGUGAGAAAAUGUUGUUGUUAUUGUUUUUGUUUUUUUGUUGUUUUUUUUAUGAGAGACGAACAAAUAUAACCACUAACUCAAGUGUUUGAUUGAUUCUAGCUGUUCAGCUUUGAAAUGAAGGGACGGCGAAGUCUGCUGUGGCUUAGUGUAGAAGUUUCACACCAGUGUAGAAAUAAAUCUUAAAAUGACUCCGGUGUGGAUGUACAAAAAAAAAAAUGAGAAAAAAAAAUCUGAGAAAUUUAAAAAACAUUCUAUUAUGCUUUGACAUAGAAACUCUAAGAACUUUAACAUGUGAGCAUGCAGACACUUUUUUUUAAAUGAUAAUUAAUUGUUGACUUUAAAUUGACCCAGGUCUGUACUGUUUGUAUGUCACUCACCACUAGUUACUUUUUAAUUUUUGACAGCUAUAAAUGUGAGUCUUAAACAAGCAGAAGUCUGAGUGUAACACUGCAGUAUUGUCUCUCUAACACAGUCCUGUGUGUGUGUGUGUGUACGUUAGUUGCUCUCAGUCAGAGUUGAUCACGAGAAUGAAGCGUCCAGUGGGUCUUCACAUCAGCCUGCCAUGAAACUACACACACAGAACACACGUUAGUGCAUCAGGAGCCGUUCUAUACACAGGACCUGGAGGCAUGACGUGUUGGUGCAGUUCCUCUGCACGAACCCACUUCCAGAAGAUGUGACCAUGACAUUUACACUACGUUUUGCCCCAACUUUAUUCUUUGCCACAGCAUUUCUACAUUUAAUGCAUGCACUACUCAUCUCCAGCAGUAUUUGAGAAGACUGUCUUGAAGAUACACACACACACUUGAAUCUCACAAUAAAUUUACAUUCAUUUCACCAUAAACGGAGCCUUUUCUGAAUUUCACCCGGCGUCAGGCCGAGACGAUUUCAGUGUAAACUUGUACAGUAUGUGAUGAAAAAGACAUUUUGAUACAUCAGUUUGGGUUUGUUUUUGGGUUUUUUUUCUUUGUUUUCUAACUCCAGAGUGAACUGUUCAAAGAUGUUCAUAUGUGACAAAAAUUUCCUCUUCUCUAAGUUAUUCAUGUUCCUAAAUGUGCUAGUUGAACUGGUUUCUGCUUCUGACGCUUUUUCUCCACUGUCAUCAAUGGUAAAAACAAGUCAGCGUGAUGGACGUUAAUGUCGACAUUCUCAUUUUUAUCUUUGUUCUCCUGUGGCAUGGUUUGGGUAGAAGAGCUGAAGAAAAACGCCUGUAAAUUUCCUUUUCUUUUUAGUUUCCUAGUCUUGGUUUAAAAUUAAAAAAAAAAAGUUUAGAUGAACGUGCACUGAAAAAAGUCCAAAUUGAGUUGAAAUGUGAUAGGUGAUGUAAGCUGAAAGAACACAAGAUUAAAAAGUAAUACUACU